GCAGGUUGGUUUGCUCUGUUGGUUUUGGGGGGUUCCAACGCCAAAGAGGAAGAUUGGAAAUGAUUGACCAUCCAGGCGCCUGUCUUUCGUUACAAAACCCCAAGAAGUUCCGUUUUCGACAUUUCAUCUACUCGUACCUAUGAUUUUCUUUGCGGAGGUUCGUUGAAGAGACCAUCAGACGGAGCCUGUUUGACGUUGCGAUAUUUGUCGUCGCCCGUGCUGCAUUUUACAAGCAGCUCCACAUCUCACAUCAUCCUUCCUGCUUAGCAUCCCGCGCACUCAUGAUGUGGGAGGCAUAUCAAGUCAUCGCUGCCGACGAUGGGGUAUGGACUGAACUCAACUGGUCUCAUGAGAAAUGUCAGACUGACGCAGAACGGAAGGAAAUAGACGAACGCUGUGAGAUUGAGGCAUAGCCUCAUCCAGUAUGAGCAUCAGUCAAUCGAUUUUGGGAUACCGAAUCGAGAAUGGCAGGACUUACCACCGAUACAAAGAUGGCAAAUAUGUGCUCCCGAACGACGAGUCGGAAAGUGAUAGACUAGACAUGCAGCACGAGAUAUUUACCUACACUAUCGGCGGUAGACUGGGACGGGCCCCGCCAUGCGAUGUAGAUGCCAAAGUUGGGCGUGUCCUCGACGUGGGAACUGGUACGGGCAUAUGGGCCAUCGACUUUGGUGAAUUGCAUCCCGAGGCUGAGGUCUACGGUGUUGAUCUUUCGCCCAAUCAGCCAGAAUAUGUGCCGGAAAAUGUGAGAUUCGAGAUUGACGACGUUGACGAAGACUGGACAUAUUCGAAACCCUUUAAUUAUAUCCACAGUCGGUUCAUGACUGGAGCCAUCAACAACUGGAGAAGGUUUUUCGAAUCCGCUUACGAUCAUCUUACCCCUGGCGGAUGGUUUGAAGUCCAAGACGCCGAUAUCAACCCUCAAUCCGACGAUAAUACCUUCCCAAAGGACUGCGCAUUAGCUGAAUACGUCGAGCUCCUCCAGAGCGGCGCGGAAGCCGCGGGAUGUGCCUACGUCGACAUCACAACGCUCGCGGAUCUCAUGACCGAGAUCGGUUUCGUGGACGUCUCGAUCCAGAUGUACAAAUGGCCCAUCAACGGAUGGCCAAAAGCAGAUAGGUACAAGAAAUUGGGUCUCUGGACGCAGGAGAACUUUGGCAGUGCACUUCAGGGGUUGUGCAUGGCUCUCUUCACGCGCGUCCUUGGGUCGUCUCGGGCUAGGGUCGAGGGUUUUCUUAUUGAUGUGCGCCAUGAUGUGAAGAAUAGGGAUCACCACGCUUACUUUCGAAUAUACUGUAUGAUAGGGCGGAGACCAUAGAAGGGUGAAGUCAUAUACAUCCACUUUCUUAGGUAUGACAACGAAGGAAAAGGCUGUAGAUAUUGGAGGCACUGUACAUACGCAGCUAUGAGGCAAGACUUAUUACCUCUUUCCUACGAUCAAGAUAAAUCUUCCGUUUUCCUGGUUUUCAUAGCUUCGGUUUCUAAAGAUUGGCUACGGUAGAUAGGCACAACGGGGAUUGCUGAAAGGCGCAACUUUUGAAACCAAGAUUUUUGCAAAGAUUAAUGCACUCAUGGUCCACUGAUUCGAGAUCAAG